UGCCUGUCGCCCGCGAUCAGCCAUCUGAUCCGCUCCGAUCUCCCGCUCUGACACUCACUCCUCUCAGUUUCUUCCCUUCCCUGUUCGUCCUGUUCCCUUCCCCGAUGCAGAACCAGCAGCAACAGCAGCAAGGGCGCGGUCGCGGCUUGCACAUCGCCCAUCGCAGAACCCCUUCCGAGCUGACUCCCCUAAUGAUCGAACAACUCGCCCUCCAGCAGCAAAUGGAAAUGCUCCAGGCACAACAACAGCAGAUCUUGGCGCAGCAGCAGCAAUUUGCCCAGGCCGGUUUGCUCGGAUCACAGGGCAUGCAGACUUCCCCCGCUAUACCCCAGAUGCCCGGCUUCAUGCCCUCUCCCAACCAGGGCUUCGGCUUUCCUGGCGUGUCGCAGACUCAAAUGGCACCAGGAAAUCACCGCCGUGCCCAGUCUUCCGUCCCUGGUUUCCAAAUGAUGGGCAGCUCGGUUACCGGCUCAAAGUCAUUGAUGUAUGAGCCGAACAACAACGGCGGUCGCAACCAGAGUCAGCAGCGCCUGAGCAACGGCCAGGGUCAUACCCGCAGACACUCGCUUGCUCUCCCAGAGGCCAAGCGUGCUGCUCAGCUUGCGCAGCAGCAAAAGCAGGCUGGAUCAUCGCAGCCGGCGUCCUCCGGAAACAUCCAGACUACCUCAAACUUUCAAUUCCCGCCUUCGAAACCGAGUGCUGUCGAUAACUCUAGUGCUUCCAAGAUGAGCCGCCAUACUCACUCGCGCAGCCAAGGCACCAACGCGGACUUUGAGGAGCUUUCUCGCUCUCCCCAGCCUUCUGGGUUUAGCUUCCCCCAUAACAACAACAGUAAUGGAAGCGGCUACAACGACAACAAUGGCGGCCAUUCUCGAACUCAGAGUCAUUCGCGGUCAGGAUCGCGUAACUUUGAUGGCGACUGGCGAAGAAGCAGCGCACAGCAGCAGUCCGAGGCUGCUUCUGGUGGCUUGAAUCAACAGCAACCACAACAACAGCAGCAGCAACAAUUCUUUCCCGGGCACCGUUCACGUGGCUCAAUGUCAAACUCCAUGAGCUCGCAGUCAUCCUUUUCAGCGAGUACUUAUCAGCCCGGCGUUAUCCCGCUAUUCACGCAGCAGCAGAUCAACGCUGGCCAAAGCUCUCAACCACCGCCUGCGAUGGGCCAGAUGCCUGGCCGUAAUAUGGUCCCGGAUUUCAUCUCGAUGCAUCCUCAGAUGAAUUUCCCCUCUCAGCCACUGCAAAACAAUCAACAGCAAAACCAGCAGCAGCGCAAAUCACUGUUCUUGCCGUAUUUGACGCAAGCAUCCAUUCCGGCGCUUGUGGCAGAGGGUCGGCUGGUAACUGGAAUCUUGCGCGUGAACAAGAAAAAUAGAUCUGAUGCGUACGUCUCAACUGAUGGUCUACUUGACGCUGACAUUUACAUCUGUGGUUCUAAGGACCGUAACCGUGCUCUCGAGGGAGACUUGGUCGCUGUCGAGCUGCUUACGGUUGAUGAAGUGUGGGGUUCCAAGCGGGAGAAGGAGGAAAAGAAGAAGAGAAAAGAAGGCGAAGAUAACCAACCUGGUCUGCAAAGACGCGGAAGUCUGCGCACACGACCGAUACAGAAGAAGAAUGAUGACGUCGAGGUCGAAGGUCAAGGUCUACUCUUGGUCGAGGAAGACGAAAUCAGCGAUACCAGCAAGCCCCUUUAUGCUGGCCACAUCGUUGCUGUGAUCGAGCGCAUUCCCGGCCAGGUCUACAGUGGGUCGUUGGGCUUGCUGAGACCAUCUUCGCAAGCCGCGAAGGAGAAGCAGGAGUCAGAGAAGAAGGACGACAAUAGGCAUGAGAACAGUCGGAAUGACAAGCCAAAGAUUGUUUGGUUCAAACCGACCGACAAACGGGUUCCGCUUAUCGCUAUCCCCACUGAACAAGCACCGAAGGACUUUGUUGAGAAUCACGAGAAAUACUCAAACACCGUUUUCGUGGCGUCAAUCAAGCGCUGGCCGAUAACCUCUCUCCAUCCGUUUGGUAUGCUCAUUGAGUCGUUGGGCCCUGCUACAGACCACUCUGUCGAGAUCAAUGCGAUCCUCAGAGACAACAACUUUAUGAACGACCAGUUCACAGAUUCGGUUCUGAACGGCUUGCCUGCGCUAUCUAAACUCGAGGACACGGGAGUCAACCGCCGAUCGUUUGCUGACGAGCAUAUCGUUGCUCUGUGCAGCAAGGGCUCUAAGUAUUCCGAACAGGCUGUUCACAUCCGUAAGGUCGACGACUCUACGGCGCAGAUCGGAGUCCAUAUUACUGAUGCCAGCUUCUACGUCCAAUCCAACACACCUCUGGAUCGUGAGGCGAAGCAGCGAGGAACUUCUGUGUUCAUGAUGGACAAGACAGUGCCGAUGCUUCCGGACGAGUUGCUCGAAAACUACCUCUCGCUGAGUGUCGGCAAAUCUACUUUUGCAUUUAGUGUUGUCUUGGACGUGAAUCUGAAUACGUUUGAUAUUUCAAAUCUCUGGCUGGGAAAGAGUACCGUGACCGCCAAUGCUAUGGUGUCCACAAAUGAGCUCACAUCCGAAGAUAGCGCUGUCAGCGAGACUUUGGAUUUACUAGGCGCGAUUGCAAAGGGAUUCCGCAGAAGACGUUUGAAUGCCAAAGUACCUGAGAUUCCUUCGCUGAAUCUGCUCGACCAAUUGGAAGAUGAGCGGAUUCCAGCUGAGGUCAAUAUUUUUGAACGGAAACAGUCAUCGGCCCUGGUUGAUGAGAUCAUGAUCAAGAUCAAUUCAAUUAUCGCCAGCAUUCUCGUUCAGAAGCUUGGCGACCGAUCUCUACUCCGUCGUCACAGUCCUCCGAAUGCGCAUAGACUCGAAAGCUUCCUUGAGAAGAUGUCGGUUUUGGGAUUGAAGUUUGACGGUUCUUCGAGUGCAAAGCUGCAGAAUAGCUUGUUCCAGAUUGACGAUCCGGAUAAGCUCAAGGGCCUUGAGACUCUCUUGCUCAAGACAUUUUCGAGAGCCAAAUAUUUUGUUGCUGGAAAGGUUGAGCAGAGAAGCGAUUAUAUGCAUUAUCUGCUCAACUUACCGGUGUAUACGACAUUUACUUCCCCUACAAGAAGAUACGCCGAUAUUUUGGUGCACCGCCAGCUUGAAUCUAUUCUCUAUAACAAGGAAUAUACUCCGGACUUGGAGACGCUGUCGAAACUCGCUGAUCACUGUAAUGAUCGGAAGGAUGCCGCGAAGAAUGCAGAGGAGCAGUCUAUUCAUCUAUUCCUCUGUGAAGCUAUCAGCAAUCUCAGUGCAUCCACAGGUCAGCUUAUUCGGGAUGCUGUUGUGGUCAGCGUGUACGAAUCGGCUUUCGAUGUUUUGAUUCCUGAAUUCGGCGUCGAGAAGAGAGUCCACUGCGACCAGCUUCCGCUCGUGAAGGCUGAGUUUGACAAGCAGACCCGAUGCCUUGAAUUAUACUGGGAGAAGGGUGUUGACUCUGCUACGUACGUUCCAGAGGAUGAACGUGACCGAGUGUCUGACUACAAUGGCGGAUCGCAGCGCCGGGCGUCGAGCAUUACUUCAGCAGUGGCGCAGGAUAGUCAGAGAAUAGAUAUCGCAUCGUUAACUCUCGAGGAUCGAUCUCCUAGUGAGGACGGUGAGAAUGGAGAGAAGCCUGUGGCAUCUAAGAGCCUUCCGGGAUCUCCGGUCAAGCGAUCGCCAUCCAGAGCACUGAAUGAGAAGCCGACGCGAACAGCGUCCAUGACAAAGAUGAAUGCGAUUGAGAAGGAGGAGGCUGCGGAUGCGGGCGCGCUGGCAGCAUACCUUGGAGAUGUAGUCUCACGUAUCAAUGGCGAGGAAUUGAUUCAAGAAAUUCGAGAGCUGACGCAUGUGCCGGUGCUGCUGAGAGCUGAUAUCGGCAAGAGCUUGCCGUGCUUGACGGUGAGAACGUUGAACCCGUUUGCGACAUAAGCGGGUCUGAAUAUUAUAUAUAGCACAUUAUCACCUUGAGGUAUGAAUCAUACAUUUCUCUUCUUUUUCAAAACACUUUUUUUUAUUGUUUGUAUUUCCUUAUACCUUUUUUCUAUCCAAUCUCUCUCAGUGAAAUGUACUUUCUAUUGUUUGGCGCAUUUUAAAAAAUCGGAGCUGCAAUUA